CCUUUUCUGUAUCCACUUCUCUAUGGGGCUUAUUGUGCCGUGCACUGGAUGCAUGUCCCAAAGACCCAGCUCUUUUUCGACCCUCCUUAGAUUUAAUUCUGUCAUUUCCUUUGGACGCUACUGUCUUACAUACUUCUCCCACCCCGCCCCCUGUCCUUGGUCGCUUGGCCAAGAACAAAGUUACAGUAGCUGAUGCCUUUGAUAUGAAUUUGCAAACCCGCACUCUGACUCGCAAACCUAAUCAUUCUACACCUCUUCCUUUCUACUCCUCUAUUGAGGCCCUACUAACCAGUAUCACUUUUGCUACCCCCCUAAAAUUUUUAUCUACUCGACUUUUCCGUCGCACGCCUCUGGAGAAACGACAAUGGAAGCGAUUUUGGUUGGAACCCGUGUCUCACACCGCUCGUAAUGUCUGGUAUCGUGCACUCCAUCAAAAAAUUUCAUGUAAAGCCAUCCUACACUAUACAAUUCCUAGUUCAUUCCCCUCUCCCAAUUGUGUUUUCUGUUCGGAUACUCCCGAUACUAUCACUCAUUUUUUAUAUGCUUGCCCUAUUAAGUGGACUAUAUGGUACACCAUCUGGUGUGACCUUUUCCUCUUUUCUCCUACCUUUUCACAAGUCCAUCAUGCAAUCUUUUCUUUAUCCUUCCCCUCCAAUCCAUCCGCAGUCAGUAGCCACAUGAUCAUUUCAUGUAUCCUACAGGGUCUGUGGUCUACUCACUGGCGCUAUGUUUUUGAUCAGGUGCCCUUCUUACACGACAACAUUUGCCGUGAUAUUCAUUUCCUCAUCACUUGUACUCGGCCUCUGAUAUCUUAUGAACCGCCUUAACUCUACCUACAUGUCUUGCAUCUAUCUUGUACAUAAUUAUAUAUAAAAAAAAAAAAAAAAAAAAAAAAAAAAAAAAAAA